GUUUAGUUUCACUUUCUGAACACUGUGACGCAGUUUGUUUUCUCCGUCUGAAGGUCUAUGAUGGUCAGAGACCAAAUACUGAAGAAGCUCCAUGACUCCAUCUAGUGGACUGAUAGAAGAAGUACAGCAGCUGAUGAACUGACUGACCUUGUUCACUGGUUAAAGUUUAGUUUCACUUUUACUGAACACUGUGACGCAGUUUGUUUUCUCCACCUGAAGCAUGAGUGAUGAGGACAGAGAGGAGGGAGUCCCUCCCUCUAAAACCACUCUGUGUGGGGAACAUGAGAGCCAGACCAAAGCUCAGAGCCCAGAGCAGCAGCACUCACCACACUCUGCUGGACCUGGACCUGAACCUGGACCUGGACCUGGACCCAGCUGUGUGUCCAUGAAGAGAGACCGAUCAGCAUCUCCUUCUCUUCUUUCAGAUUUCAAACAAUCUGUUGAUGGAAGGUCAGAAUUAAAAACUGACAGAAAAACAAAGAUCCAGCAGCAGAGACCAGACUCUCCUGGACCCAGCUGUCUGUCUUUAAAGAGCAACGAGUCGAAGGACCCGUUCAUUGACUUUAAAGGUCGACGUCCAUCAGCUGAUCAGAUAGUGGACCAGGAGAGCUCAGAGGUUCCCAGUGGUCAGUCUGCCCAGCAGCAUCAAACACACCUGGACUCCAUAUUUAUGCUGCUGGAGGAGAACAUCGUCACUUUUGUGAAGAAGGAGCUGAAGAAGAUGCAGAAGGUUCUGAGUCCAGAUUACCCAGAAUGCUUAGAGAGUCAGAGGGAGGAUGAGGAGGUGUUGGUCGGUGAGGAUGAAGAGCAGAGGAGGAGCAGCAGAGAGGAGUUUCUGAAGAUCACACUGAACUUCCUGAGGAGAAUGAAGCAGGAGGAGCUGGCUGACUGUCUGCAGAGCAGAUCUCCUAUUGGAGUUUGUCAACCUAAACUUAAAUCUAACCUGAAGAAGAAGUUCCAGUGUUUGUUUGAGGGCAUCUCUAAACCAGGAAACCCAACCCUUCUGAAUCAGAUCUACACAGAGCUCUACAUCACAGAGGGAGGGACUGGAGAGGUCAGUGAUGAACAUGAGGUCAGACAGAUGGAAACAACAUCCAGGAAACCAGACAGACCAGAAACAACCAUCAGACAAGAAGACAUCUUUAAAGCCUCACCUGGAAGAGAUGAACCAAUCAGAACAGUGAUGACAAAGGGAGUGGCUGGCAUUGGGAAAACAGUCUUAACACAGAAGUUCACUCUGGACUGGGCUGAAGACAAAGCCAACCAGGACAUACACUUCACAUUUCCAUUCACUUUCAGAGAGCUGAAUGUGCUGAAAGAGAAAAAGUUGAGCUUGGUGGAACUUGUUCAUCACUUCUUUACUGAAACCAAAGAAGCAGGAAUCUGCAGGUUUGAAGAGUUCCAGGUUGUGUUCAUCUUUGACGGUCUGGAUGAGUGUCGACUUCCUCUGGACUUCCACAACACUGAGAUCCUGACUGAUGUUACAGAGUCCACCUCAGUGGACGUGCUGCUGACAAACCUCAUCAGGGGGAAACUGCUUCCCUCUGCUCGCCUCUGGAUAACCACACGACCUGCAGCAGCCAAUCAGAUCCCUCCUGAGUGUGUUGACAUGGUGACAGAGGUCAGAGGGUUCACUGACCCACAGAAGGAGGAGUACUUCAGGAAGAGGUUCAGAGAUGAGGAUCAGGCCAGCAGGAUCAUCUCCCACAUCAAGACCUCACGAAGCCUCCACAUCAUGUGCCACAUCCCAGUCUUCUGCUGGAUCACUGCUACAGUUCUGGAGGAUGUGUUGAAAACCAGAGAGGGAGGAGAGCUGCCCAAGACCCUGACUGAGAUGUACAUCUACUUCCUGGUAGUUCAGACCAAACUGAAGAACAUCAAGUAUGAUGGAGGAUCUGGGUCAGAUCCACACUGGAGUCCAGAGACCAGGAAGAUGAUUGAGUCUCUGGGAAAACUGGCUUUUGAUCAGCUGCAGAAAGGAAACCUGAUCUUCUAUGAAUCAGACCUGACAGAGUGUGGCAUCGAUAUCAGAGCAGCCUCAGUGUACUCAGGAGUGUUCACACAGAUCUUUAUAGAGGAGAGAGGACUGUACCAGGACAAGGUGUUCUGCUUCGUCCAUCUGAGUGUUCAGGAGUUUCUGGCUGCUCUUCAUGUCCAUCUGACCUUCAUCAACUCUGGAGUCAAUCUGCUGUCAGAAGAACAACCAACCUCCCAGAAGUCUGAAACAAGAAAAGAUGAAUCUGCAGAGACACAGUUCUACCAGAGAGCUGUGGACAAGGCCUUACAGAGUCCAAAUGGACACCUGGACCUGUUCCUCCGCUUCCUCCUGGGUCUUUCACUGCAGACCAAUCAGAGUCUCCUACGAGGUCUGCUGACUCAGACAGGAAGUGGUUCAGAGACCAAUCAGGAAACAGUCCAGUACAUCAAGAAGAAGAUUGAAGAGACUCCCUCUGCAGAGAGAAGCAUCAACCUGUUCCACUGUCUGAAUGAACUGAAUGAUCGUUCUCUAGUGGAGAAGAUCCAACAGUCCCUGAGUUCAGGAAGUCUCUCCACAGACAAACUGUCUCCUGCUCAAUGGUCAGCUCUGGGCUUCAUCUUACUGUCAUCAGAGAAAGAUCUGGACGUGUUUGACCUGAAGAAAUACUCUGCUUCAGAGGAGGCUCUUCUGAGGCUGCUGCCAGUGGUCAAAGCCUCUAACAAAGCUCUACUGAGUGGCUGUAACCUCUCAGAGAGAAGCUGUGAAGCUCUGUCCUCAGUUCUCAGCUCCCAGUCCUCUAGUCUGACAGAUCUGGACCUGAGUAACAACGACCUGAAGGAUUCAGGACUGAAGACUCUGUCUGUUGGACUGAAGAGUCCACACUGUUCACUGGAGACUCUCAGUCUGUCAGGCUGUCUGAUCACAGAGGAAGGCUGUGCUUCUCUGGUCUCAGCUCUGAGAUCCAACCCCUCCCAUCUGAGAGAGCUGGACCUGAGCUACAAUCAUCCAGGAGACUCAGGAGUGAAGCUGCUGUCUGCUGGACUGGAGGAUCCAGACUGGAGACUGGACACUCUCAGAGUGGAGCCUGGUGGAGUCCGAUGGUUGAGACCAGGUCUGAGGAAGUAUUCCUGUCAACUCACAAUCGACACAAACACAGUGAACACAAAGAUCGAACUGUCUGACAACAACAGGAAGGUGACACUUGUGGAUGAGGAUCAGUCAUAUCCUGAUCAUCCAGACAGAUUUGACCAGUGUCCUCAGCUGCUGUGUACAACUGGUCUGACUGGUCGCUGUUACUGGGAGGUCGAGUGGAGAGGAAGGGUUUAUAUAUCAGUGAGUUACAGAGGAAUCAGAAGGAAAGGAGACAGUGACUGUGUGUUUGGGAGGAACGAUCAGUCCUGGACCCUGUACUGCUCUGGUGGUGGUUACUACUUCUGGCACAGUAGCAGAGGAACAUCCAUGUCCUCCUCCUCCUCCUCCUCCUCCUCCUCUUCCUCUUCCUCCUCCUCCUCUUCCUCCUCCUCCUCCUCCUCCUCCUCUGUCUCUAACAGAGUAGCAGUGUAUGUGGACUGUCCUGCUGGCUCUCUGUCCUUCUACAGAGUCUCCUCUGACUCUCUGAUCCACCUCCACACCUUCAACACCACAUUCACUGAAUCUCUGUAUCCUGGGUUUGGGUUUGGUUUUUGGCCUAGGUUCUCUUCUGUUUCCUCAUUGUCUCUGUGUUCAGUGUAGCAGAGUCUCCUCCUGUCAGAGAAACUCUCUCUCUGUUGAACAGAUAGUUCAGUCUGUUCAUAUCUGUCUCUGUCACUCACAGUUUUGUCCCUUAUGGAAGCUAUGAUUAUUAUAGAAUGACUCUGUGUAAGUCUGUGCAGAGUCUUGCAAACACAAUUUAUGCUGAUGCAGAAAGUCAAAGUAUAACAUUUGCUUCAUAUUUUGAAAGUAUAUUAUUUAUAAGCAAUAAUAAAAAAAACUCACCUUUUGUAAUAUAGAACCACUUGACACUAUAAUCAGAUCUAUAGUUAUUUGUUUCUUUGUGGUAAAAUUCAGAUUUUCUGUAUAAAACCUUGAAAAACUGAAUCUAGUGAAAAUGCUUUUACUGAGUUUUAUCUUCCUGUUCUGUCAAACACAGUGAAACAGCUGCAGCUCAGUGUUCACAGAAGAAAUCUCUCAUAUUUCUAUUAAACUGUUUUAGAGAUUAAUAUUUACAUGAACUAUUUUAUACUAAUACACAGAUUUACAAGAAUUUAUAGACUUUUUCUGGUAAAAGACUUUUUAUUUUUGCAUUAUUGUUUAUUCAUUUAGUCAUUUUGCUCUUAAAGUCUUCAGAAUAUAGAACAUAUUAAUGUGUGAAAUUAUCUCUGUGUAAAUCCUCUAAUAUAGUCAGUGUUUGUGUUGACAAAUCUUAAUAAAGUUGUUAUAUUUUAAAGAAAAUCACUGUGGUGAAGGACAAAGUUCAAUAUUUCCCUUUGAAGUUUCCAGGAGCAGAAGGAUAAAGAAACAGAAAAUUAAAUACUAAUACUAAUAAGUAUCUGUGAGUUUAGUGUAUAAAUACUCGUUUAUGUAUCAUGUGACCUUGUUUAUCUGCUCAUUUCUUUCUGUUUGUCUAUUGUAAAUUGGAGUUUUUAAAUAAAGCUACAUUCAAAAACA